AUGAGUCGAAAAACAGAUGCGGCCCGCCCAGACAAGGCUCAACGGGCUCUCGGUGCCGCCAUCGACGCCCUAGGAUAUCUUGCCAGACCCGCAUCUGGGUCGCAAACAUUAGACUUCACAUACGUCGACCGGCUACUGUCCGCGGUGGUCGAGCCACCGUCUCAGGGCAAGCAGAAGAAUGGACGCCGGGGCAUUGCGGUGAUUCGACACUGGAUGGUGGAAGAUGGGCCCGGGGUUGCACUACUGGAAAUCCUGGGCCAACUGCUCUGGCGGGUGGUGGAUAUGAACAGUGAACAGUUGGAGUGUUUGCGGGCCGAGCUCCACAACCAGCCUCGGUACCACGCUCUUAUCUACGACCCUUCCUCGACUCAAUUGGUGCUGCAGCGCCUGGAGCGGGUCCGUCUACACAAGGAGAAGGCCUGCAUGGACCUGCGCGCCAGUCUCGUUGGGUUUUCACUCGAAACUCCUCAAUCUGAUGCUUCAUCCGCUGCAUCCGAAAUCGAACGUCCAUACUCUGCGGGUUGUGGUUCGGUGAUCUCCGACACGGCGAGCACUUCAUCAGAACCGCUGUCGUGGGAUCCUCUGCUCUCGUACAAUGGGUUGAUUAAACUGAGACCAGCAACAAUAAACUACCGCGGAUUAUGGAGCAACGAAAUGGAACGAGAUCUAUUAGACUUUUAUAUUAAUAUGUUUGCGCCGGGUCAAACGUUAUUCGCCGAAGAGAACGCGUACCUGGCCAUUCUUCCUAUCGCACUGCACUCCGAAAGUACACGAAAUGCGCUUUUCAGUGUCAGUGCUUCCUACAUGCGAGACUACGCACUAUCGGACGCAAUGAAAUACGGAUACAUGAACCACAACUACAUGGUGCUAGCGGCGCAGGCGCUGCAACGCGACCUGAGCGAGGGAAAUGCAACCAUCGAAAGCUGUUUGGCAGCGGGGAUGUUGUUGGUUCACCACGGAGUGAUCAACGAGAGUGAGACCGAUAUGUGCUGGUCAUGGCACGUGCAGAUGCUCGGGGGUUUUCAAGGAGCUGGAAGCGGAUUCGAUCCAACGUCAGAGACAGCUCUGUUCAUGACAUACCAGUUAACGCUGGCGUUGACUGCGCAAACAACCACCCAGAUUCAAAGCCGCCAUUUCAGCUCCUCGGACUGGUUGUUGCAGUGUUCACCGCGCGAGUCGCAGCGAGUCUGCGGUCUUCUGGGAAUGUCGCGCCGGAUGCUCAGCAUGAUCUCUCGGAUCACAACGCUCGCCACUCUACCGAUGCCGGAGGAGGAGCGAAUCACAGCGGCAGAGGCUCUCGAUGAUGAGAUUGUCAUGAUGAACCAGUGGUGUUACCAGACGCCAGGGGAGUCACUCGAAGUGGCUCUGCAAACAGCACAGGCGUAUCAGUUAGCUGCACGCCUAUACCUUCUAUGUCGUGUUCUUGGUGCGACGCCAUUGCACUCUCAAGUCAUUAGUAUCCAAGCCAAACUUUUCGAUAUAAUUAUGCGCCUUCCAAUCGAAGGGCCGUUAUACACAGCAGCAUAUCCCCUCUGGUGUUGUUUCGUCGCUGCGUUGACGUCUGGAUAUCGGGAUAAGACGGAAAAGCUAUACGAAAGGUUGAAUAACAUUCGAAAACGUAAUAAAGGGAAUAUUUGCCCCGUUUUGUCAUGCCUUUCCACUCUGUUCGGGUGGAUUAACAACCACCCUUUUGACGGUGUAAUACAACAAGGAUGGUGGGAUGCCAUGCUCGAGGCUCAACCACCACGAAUGCGAUUAUUGAGUUUGGGAUAG